UCUCCUCUCUUGCGUGCAACACAUACACGCGAACGACCCCCGCGCGAGCUGUUAUUACCUCGUGCGAGCACAAGCUUACGUCAGGGAUCAAACAGAGAGGCCCUAAGCUUCCCGCGAUCGUUCAAUAUGGUUCAACUGGCACGUACGUUGGCAGCCCUUGUGGGAUCGGCAGCAUGUGCAUCGGCUUUCAUGGGCCCGGCCGUCACCAGCUUCAGCGGCGUGCGUGUGGUUGACAACGUGGACGCCGUGGUAGCGUCACCAGCGCGUCGCUCGGUAGUUACCCCAAGGAUGGGUGGGAAGGAGAACGCCAUCAGGCAGCGCAUCGUAACCGUGAACAACACGAAGAAGAUCACCACCGCGAUGCGACUCGUGGCUGCCGCCAAGGUUCGCCGUGCGCAGGAUGCAGUGCUUAGGACUCGCCCUUUCUCCGAGACCCUGCAGAGCAUUUUCGGCGCCCUCAUCGCGCAGCUUGGCAAGGAGAACCUUGACCUGCCUCUCCUCAACGCGAGGGAAGUUAAGAACGUGUUGCUGGUCGGUCUCUCAGGUGACCGUGGCCUGUGCGGCGCGUACAACUCGUACGCCAUCAAGAAGACGGAGGCUCGGGGGAACGAGCUCACCGCGCAGGGGUACAACGUGGAGUACGUCACCAUCGGGAAGAAGAUUUCCCAGUACUUCAAGCGCAGGUCCGACACCUACACGGUGAAGCGGGCGUUCGACUGUGGGCAGGCGCCCAACGCCGCCGAGGCAUCGGCUAUCGCCCAGGAGCUCCUCUCCGACUACCUGUCGGGCGAGUUCGACAGCGUUGAGAUCGUGUACACGAAGUUCGUGUCCCUCAUCGCGUCGGAGCCCUCCAUCCGUACUCUGCUACCCCUCUCCAUCCGCGGCAUUGAAGACGAGACGGACGAGAUCUUCCAGCUCACGACCCAGGGCGGCAAGUUCACGGUGGACAGGGAAGAGGCCGAACCCGUUGAGAACGCCGAGAUCCCCCAAGACCUGAUCUUCGAGCAGGACCCCAUCCAGAUCCUCAACUCCAUCCUCCCUCUGUACCUCGACGGCCAGAUCCUCCGCAUGCUUCAGGAGUCCGUGGCGGCAGAGCUCGCUGCGCGAAUGGCUUCCAUGGGGGCUGCUUCGGACAACGCCGCCGACCUUGCCAAGCGGCUGUCCCUCCAGUACAACCGUGCCCGUCAGGCGAGCGUCACCCAAGAGCUCCUCGAGAUUGUUGCUGGCGCUGACGCGGCACAGUCGGGUGCCAAGUAGAUGGACGUCUGAUGGCAUCUACCAAGAAUUGAAAUGGAAUAAUGAUGAGGAGGAUGGGCCACCAGCACGGCGGCACUGGGCGCUUUGUUUUCCCGAUUUUGGUCAGGAUUGCUGGCUGUCGUUAUAAUGGGGGCGUGCAACAUUAACAUCGAAUGAUCCUCGUUCCAAGUUGGGGAGUAGGUUACGAGACUUUGUAACGGAGAAGAGAGUUUUGUGUCGCGGCGCAGGAGGGCUGGCGAAUAGAGAGAUUUUCCUUGACAUUGCUAUGAUAUUGAAGCAUUUUUGGGACUUUCAGCUCCAUAGAAUUACUGAACACGCUCUUACAGGCGGGUGGAGUGGUUUGUGUUUUCAAUUUUUGGCGGGUUCCCGUGCUGUGGAUGGUGUAGCUUCGCCUCCGCUCGAAAUAGAGUUUAUGUGUAGCAGAGAUAUGGCAACGGCAGUUUGUUUCUCCCUGCACCCGGGCGCCGGCCAGCAUCUAUGAGAUGCCGACCAAACGUCAUAUUUAAUGUCUUCCUCUCGUUGUCGUAGUACUGCUGUGUUCAACGCGUCUGUUCUAUGCGGACACGUGCGCCGUUCACAUGCGUUUAAGCUUCCCCCCUUUUACGAAGCCUUCAACGAUGAUCGAUCCAC